UGUGAUACCGUUAUAAUGGGGGGGUUUUCUUUGUGUACGCGUUUGACGAGUACACUGCACGCUCUCCAGCUUUGGGCCCAGCGCGUUCGCUGGUCACAGACGAGGCUCUUUGUUCCCUUCGGGCGCGCUCCCGCCUCAACAACAAAGAACACUCACACAAGCAAAGUGCACACCAACAUUACAAGCCAUCUUCCUGCUGUAACUGUAGGCCAACAAGCCUUGGACCGAGUAUAUGCACGCUUACUCUAUGAUGUUUUGAUAAAUCACAUUGAUUUCUAUCAGGAUGAUCCAGAGGAUAACGUUGACGAUGGCUGUGGAUUUGAUGAUGGACUCAGUGAAAUUGAUGAGAACUUGGCACCUCUGCAGCGCCUACAAAAGUACACAGAUAGUGACAACGUCUUUAACAGACAAAUUGUUGCCCGUACAAUGUUGGACACAAUACGAGCAGUUGGGGAUGACCACCAGGCGUGUCUUGCUGUGCUCGAAUCAAUGGUGCACCUCUCCAUGGAUGCAGAGCCAUCUGUACGAUCAGAGCUAAUGGAGCAAGUGCCACACAUAGCAGUCUACUGUCAAGAAAAUAGAACAUUAUUUCCUGAUGCUGUACCAGCCUACAUACUUCCCAUGGUGGUGCGCUACUUGAAUGAUGAAAACAAUCAGGUACGAAAAACAAGCCAAGCAGCCCUUCUGGUUUUACUUGAACAAGGCCUUGUAGAAAAAGAGGAUAUAGAGAAGCAAGUGGUCAAUGUAAUCCUAGAUUUGGCUAGCCCAACUAGUCAAGAUGACUACCGCACUGAAGCAGUUGCUCUUAUGAGUAAGAUGGCACCACUGCUAGGUCGUGACAUCACCGAGCGUCUGUUCUUGCCUCGUUUCUGUGAAAUGCUGACUGACCCAUUGUUUCAUGUCAGAAAGGUCUGUGCUUCUAACUUUGGUGAGGUGUGUAAUGUUGUCGGAGUUGAAAACAGUGAAGAAGUUUUGCUUCCGAAGUUCCUCUACCUGUGUGAAGAUGGAGUGUGGGGAGUACGCAAAGCUUGUGCUGAGUGUUUUAUGACAAUUUCAUGUGCAUGUUCGUUGGAAACUCGACGGCGACUUCUGGCCAACCUUUUUGUCAAUCUCCUUAGUGAUCAAUCACGAUGGGUUCGGAUGUCGGCGUUUCAGCAGCUCGGUCCAUUCAUUUCAACCUUUGCUGAUCCUGCCUUAACAGGUCUCUUCGUUAAUGAAGAUGGAACAAUUGUCAUGAGAGACCUCCAGAGUGACAGUGAAAUGACUGGCACUGGAAUGAUGGAAAGCAGAACAAUUUUCAUAAAUGAAGAUGAUGAGAUGGACAUUGUUUUAUCGGAAGCAGAUGAUGGUGCAGGCAAUGGCUUCAGUGAUGGCCACCUAGUUAUACCAUGGACAGAAGAUAAAUCUUUCGAGGAGCAUCGUGUAGAAAAAAUGACAAGUACACAUUGUGAAAACUUAAAAACAACUGAAAAUGUGAAUUCUGUAGAAUGUGUUAAUAGUUUAGACCAAUGUUUAGCAGAAGGCAUGUCUAGGUUGAAUGUUGACAACGCGCAACUUAUUUCAGAAGACAUUGAGUCUGAGCUGUUGAAAAAGUGUGAAUUAGAUCUUACUGGGCAGGAGAUAGUUAAUGAAAAUGACAAACUAAACUGUGAUAACAUUAACCUCUGUCCAAGCUGUGAACCUAAUAUACCCGAGACAUCUGUGAUUUCUGAAACUGGGCAGGCUGUGCCUUCUGCCGAGAUCAUCUUUCAACCUUCUGUGCUUUCAAACACAUCAGAAUUGUCAACACCAGAAGGUCGACAAAAUUCUGAGCAUAGAGUUCAUGUACACUUGGACAACUUCAACACAUUCCAGUAUUGGAGACAACCCCUUCCAGAGGUGGACAUUGAUUUUGAUCUUAUUAAUGGUGCACCUGCAAAUAUUCAUGUUGUUGCAAAGGUCAAAGAUGAGGACAAACACAAAGUCUACUCGACACAUGUAGAUGUGAUCAUGACAUCCAACACUGUUGCUGGAUCUCCACUGUCACAGCUGCCACACGAUGUGGGCAGUGUUCAACGCAAAGAGAUUGAACUGUCAGGUGUUAAGAUUCAUACUGCUAGUGUCAGUACAGUGAGUGAUGCAGAUGAAGAAACAGUAAGCAACAUAGGCAGUACACAUGUGCUUGGCCAGAACAUGGGGGAACCUACCCUUGCUGUUGUUGAUGGAGUGGUUCAAGAUUUAAGUAGCAGCAGCUUAAGCUACAUGGAUGAUUUUGCUUCAAAGAUUUACCUUGAUGAUGCUGUUUUAGCACAGCAGCAGGACAUAGUGCCACAGUCACUACUGGAAAAUUACCUUGGAAUGGUUGAUCCAUCACGUGCACAAACUGUCGAUACAGACAUUACCCGGCAUUGUGCUUUCAACCUUCCUGCUGUUGCAUACACCUUGGGUCGUCGUAACUGGCACUGUAUUCGACAUUUGUAUGAGACCCUUACACAAGCUAUGCAGUGGAAGGUACGCAGAACUCUUGCCUUUUCCAUUCAUGAGCUGGCACAAAUCCUGGGCGAGGAAAUCACACACCGAGAUCUUUUGCCCGUUUUUGAUGGUUUUUUGAAAGACUUGGAUGAAGUUAGGAUUGGUGUCCUUAAGCAUCUUGCUGAUUUUCUAAGGUUGCUGCGCACAGAAGUUCGACAAAAGUAUCUUAUUAAAGUUUCUGACUUUAUGAAGACGGACAACCAUCGUAACUGGAGAUUUCGACAGGAGCUUGCUGAGCAGCUGGUUCUGCUUUGUGAACUCUACACUCCAGCAGACAUCAUGCGCUAUUUAGCUCCCUUAGCUGUAAACCUGUGCAUGGACAAAGUGUGUGAAGUCAGGAUUGUGUCUUUUAGCUUGGUUUGUGCCAUUUUGCGGCAAAUCUACAUGGAAGAUAAUGAGAGGCUGCUAAUCUUUUUUAUUAAUGAACUUAUUGAAAAAUUUGCUCAUAACAACAAGUGGCUUGGGCGUCAAAUAUUUUGUCAACUUUGCUAUGUUGUCUUGGAAGAAAAUGCUCUCCCUUCAACCGUGUUUGCAACACACCUUUUGCCACCAUUGUUGGCCUUAGGACGAGACCCUAUCCCUAACGUGCGUUUGACUGUGGCCAAAGUAUUGGCAAACCGCCUGCUGCUGAUAGACUAUUUCAUGUCCUCAGCAAACUUGCACAAAGAUGAAUUGAUUGAUACCCUGCACAAUCUUCAGUCAGACCAUGAUCGUGAUGUCCGUUUUUUUGCAAACGUGAACAGUGAUAGCGGUUCCUUCACCAGUCUGCAUUCAGACACAAUGCCCGUUUGAAAACAGGAAGAGUUUCAUUGCUGCACAAGCCAUGUGGUCGCCUUGGGGUGUUUACAGCAUAAACUAUUUUUUGAAUGAUUUAAACCUGUCAUUAUUGUGAUUUUAUUUAUGAGUUCACCUGUUGAAAGGUGGCAUAAAAAAAGUGUAUCACAUAUUGGCAGAGGUAGUCUUAAUGCAGCAGUGUCCUAGUUACACUUGCAUAAUACCAGGAUAGUAAUUCAUUACUCGUAGGGAAGACUGAGGUGUUUGGGAUUGUUUUAAGUCCUUUGCUACAUGAACUUUCGGUUGAUGUAACUUUAAUUUUAUGCUCCACCUCAGCUUGUAUCAGUCUGUUACAUUAGCAGGCUGUAAGUGAUAUUGCAUAAAAAUCAUGGUGUGGUGCAAGGAAAAACAUGCCUCAGAUUUGACUUUUAUUUGUAUUUUUUAUUUUUAAGUAGAUAUGAAUUGAAUAAAGGUGUUUUCUUAAGUUAAAGCUUUUAAAAGUCACAAGGAAUAUAUUCAGCAGUUCAAAUAUUGUUGAAGACUAAAAACAAAUUUGUACAGUAAGUUGCUUUCCUGCCUGCUGAUAUGUGCAUGCAUUUCAGUAUGCAAACUUUUGAACUAAAUAACUAAUAGUUGGAUGUUAAGAUCAUUCCUAAUUUUGACUAUUAUGUGCAGUUUUCCUAGUUCCAUGUAAAUCAGGCAUUUUUUUUUUAAAAUGCAUGAAAACAUGGACAUCUUUCAGGGAUUGAAUAAGAAUUUAAAUGGCCUAAACUCAAGGUUAAAUUAAAAAGCUGUGAUGUGGUCAUUUCUUCUCGGUGAAAUUGAGAUGUGGCUAAACUUUCAGCAUUAUGGAGGGCUGCUCUGGGAUUGAAGACCUGUUACUUUUGUUAUAGUCCCCUUUUCAUGUCACAGUUGAGUAUUUUUCAAAAAUUGUAGUAUAUGCUGCAUGAACAGAACUGCUGUGAAUGAGUUGUGGAAAAAACUCAAAAAUUGUACAUAAUGAAAAACAAAUCAAUAGCUACUGUGAUACUCAAAAUAUGCAAUUUACCACAAAUGCGUGUCGUCAGCUUAGGGGAGGGGGGUAAGACUGGACCUGUUGCUUACAAAGAUGGAAGUCUGCAAAUAAUGUUCAUGACUUGAUUUAAGGGGCAGCCGUUCAUUAGCAGUGGAAAAGAACUACAUGCUUUUUAGGUGAAAACUUCAUCAUCUGGUUAGGCAUGUAUUUUUAUCCCUAGUCUGGUCCACAGUUAAAGUUAAAAAUGAUUUCAUGGAAAUGGCUGGAUUAAAAUGCUGUGUUUAAUAGCUAGUUCUAAGAUCAUCAAUGACCAUUUUUUUUUAGUGCGAUUUAGUAUGUUGGUUUAAAUGAGAGCCAAAUGUAACCAAACUGCUGCAUUUUACAGGUUACACUUUCCAUUCUUUCAAUGUAAUGCUAAGAAAGGGUGUAUGUCAUUAAUUCAUGGAGGCUUUGUUGCUAUAUUUUCCUACUUUAAAUAAGGGGAUUUUUUAAAAUAACGCUAGUAGUUUUAUAAUAAAAGUUUUAAAAUUCCUCAUCACAAAUUUAAUAUCAAGGGCAAAAACUUAUGUAAACCAGUGGUAUUAUGCAAAAUUUCUAAUGACCAUCACACUAUUGUUGUCAUGUAGAACAAACUGUUGAGAUAAAGUGUAUGUCUGAUUACUUUUUUUUUUUUAAAUUGGGAAAACUAGCUUGGGAAAAGAUUUUCACAUGUUGCCUUGACACUGCAUUGUCUGGAGCAGUGCAGUUGUCACUCUGCAUGUAAUUUGUUGAUUUUCAUAAUAAAGUUAUAAAUCUUAA